UUCACCGGGAAAAAAAACAUUCAUUUCCCACUCCCACCAACCCAAAGAACGAAGACUUUCUUACACCUCCCCCCCACUCUCUCACCUAUAAAAAACCUUUGCCUCUCCGAAUCCUGUUCAACGCUCACAUUACUCAAACAAAAGCAAUGGACGGAGCAGCAGCAGGGAUGGCAACGAAGCAGACGGUGUUGAUCACCAACGACGACGGCAUCGAUGCUCCCGGGCUCCGAUACCUCGUCGAUCUCCUCGUCGCCUCCGAUCGGUACCGCGUUCUCGUCUCCGCUCCCUCGGUUGACCAGUCAGGCGUUGGUCACGGGAUUACUUGGCGUCAUCCUCUUUCUGCCAAGCCUGUUCAGAUUAAAGGGGCUACUGCUUUUGCAGUCUCAGGAACACCUGCUGACUCUGCAUCUUUAGGAAUCUCUGGUCUACUUUUUGAUGGCACAGUUCCUGAUCUGGUUGUCAGUGGCAUCAAUAUUGGUAGCAACUGCGGAUAUCACGUUGUUUACUCUGGCACAGUAGCUGCUGCUCGAGAAGCUUUCAUAUAUGGCGUCCCUUCUGUAGCUUUAUCACAUAACUGGAUAAGAGGUAAAAGCACUCUUGAUGAACUCAAACAAGCUGCAGAAGUCUGCAUUCCAAUUAUACAUGGAGUAAUGGCUGAGCUCAAGAACAAGACCUUUCCUGAAGGAUGUUUUUUAAAUAUAGAUGUGCCAACAGAUCCUAUUCACCACAAGGGUCUUAAGCUAACAAAACAAGGAAGAUCUAUGAUCAGAAUUGGGUGGAAGCAGACAGAUACAGUUGCAGGAGGAACAGAGAGCUAUCAAACAGCAAACGUGAAUGGAGAGUAUGUUGUUGAUACAGCAAGCGGUGCAUUCCCAACGACAAUGGAAGAUGAACUUUUGUUCAAGAGAUUUAUCAAGGAAGAGCCUAGCGAAGGAGAAGGGGCAGAGGAAGAUGUUGAUUUUAUCGCACUUCACGAGGGAUAUAUUACAGUCACACCUCUCGGCGCCCUUUCUCAUAGGGAAACAAGUGAUUUACCUUAUUUCCGAAGUUGGCUGACACACAUGGCUGAUUUUUCAUCAUCUUCUUCCUUGUAAAAAGUGAGUGACGAGAGAAAGAAACUGAUGAUGAAGCUAGGAAGAUUACGUACCAUUGCUUUCUCAACAAUUCCAGCGACAAACGAGAGCUAGCUGUCCCAGAAAUUAAUCCUUCAUAUAAUAUAUUUAUGCUAUUAUAAUUGGUCUUUUCCUUUAUAAUUGAAGACAAAUAUUGGACGAACUCUUCCUCUUACAUUUUUUGUCAAGAGAAUGCUCCAUCGGUAACUUCAUUGAAGCAUUCGCAAUUAUUUGUCAGUUUUAUAUGAAAUGACUAUGAUUUUUGAUUUUGAGUUUGUUGCUACUUAUUACUAUGAAUUUAGCGUCGUUGAUCCACAUGAUUGAAAGAUGUAUUAUUCUAUAUUUACCAAACGAUGUGUUAAACCUGUAAUUGAGGAUAUAACCGUUAGAUGCUUGUUUCUAAAUUUUUUUAUCCAUCGUGAGCUAGUUCUCUGU